AUGUCAGUGUUGGAUUGCAAAGUGCAGUUGGAUAAUCAAAAAGAUAUAUAUGAGCCGGGCGAUAAGCUUACAGGGCAUGUAACCUUAACUUUGGAAGUGCGGCUGCUACUCAAAGCGGCAGCUAUAAAAUACACAGGUUUUGCUGAAGUGCAAUGGCAAACGCUCCUGCCACCGAAGAAAACUAAAAAAUCAAAGAGAAAAAAGAAGCAACAACAGGAAACAUCGUCCGAUGCGGAAGUACCAGAGCAGCGUUUAGAGGUUUACACAAACCGUGAGGAUUUUCUAUCCAGCGUGAAUUAUUUUAUUGGCUCAGAGGAAGCGACUGCACGAAUCGUUAAUCGCGGCACCUACACCUACCCAUUCAGCCUGACGUUGCCAGAGAGUUGUCCAUGCAGCUUUGAGGGCCGUAAUGGACACAUUCGCUAUAUGAUUGAAGUUUUUGUCGAUCACAAGAAUAAACGUGAAAUCUGGUAUACACAACAAUUACGUGUAGUCAAACCACUCGAUCUCCGCCAUUGUCCAGAAGUGACCGAACAGAAUUGUGAUGUGCAUGUCAAGGAGCAGAAGUUUUGCAGAAUCUUUAAAAAAUCAUUAGAAAUGGUUGUAAAUUUACAACAAAUUGGCUUCGUGCCUGGCGAAGCGCUCUCGGCACAUGUCAAAAUACAAAAUCACGGCAAAUUGAGCUUAAAACAAGUAACCUACGAAUUACAUCAAAUUUGUCGCAUAACUGCUUCGCAUGGACACAAAAAUACCAAAACACAAUAUUUCCUCACCAAUCUGGCUAAAGCAGUGCACAACUUUGGCGGCACUCAAAAGUGUAUGGAGGAACAUUUGCAGAUGUUGUUAGUACCUCAAACAGUGCCAAGUUCUGAUGAGAAUGACUGCCGCUGCCUGCAUAUUAGCUACGAGUUAAGUGUGUGGCUGAGCACGAAUAAGGCAAAACGUUGGCUCCAAGCAAAAAUACCUAUCACAGUGGGUACUGUGCCAUUGAAUAGUGUAGAAGAAGCGCGCCCCUGGCUAGGAACAGAGCAGGAGAAAAUUUCCGAAGAACAUUAUGGGGAUUAUUUGAGUAAGAGUAAUUUAUUAUCAAGUGGGGUGGAGGUGAAUAGCUUUGUGGAGCCCACAGCUCCCGAUCCGCCUGAGACACCCGAACUGAGCAUGUCAAUGAUGUCGUUAGCUUCUUCUUCCUUCCGCGAAGCUGAAUACCUACCCAAAACCAAAUUCGAUGUCGACACCAAGAAAUCAAAGCACAAGAAGGAUUCUAAUCAAACUGAUUUUAAACCAAAAUAUCUCUACUACGACAUGAAUAAUGGAUCUGCUGCACAAAAUGUUGAGCUUACUGCCUCCCCAUAUACUACAGUAUCAACAACAACAACAGCAGCCAGUACGACUGAUGAACAAACUGAAAGGCGAAAUCCAGAAAAUAAUGCAUUUGGUGAAGUCUUGCAGCAGUUGGCUAGACAAAUGCAAGCACGAAGAACUAUUACUGAAACAUGA